UAGUAAUACAAUAUUAAGCAACUCUUUUUAAUGAAGCACGUGCUUACCAGCAAGACUGAAGCGGUGAAAAAUACGAUUUAUUUUUUGGUUGAUUAAAAUGGAAAAAUUCAAAAAGGAAGAGCUACAUAAAGGAAAAAAAUUGAAGUCUCUAAAGAAGAAGGUUUCUAUAAAACCCAAAACCAAAGUUGCGGUGCCAAAACGGCUAACUGAAGGAAAACUAAUAGGAAAGAAAAAUAAAUCCAAAACAGUAUCAAAAGUAGCCACGAAAGAAAGUGGAAAAUAUGAAGAGAACUUAGAAAAGGAACUUGACGAGGAAACAAAACAUUCUACAGUCUCGAAGAAAAGAAAAGCGGCUAAGAAUACAACGGAUGAACAGUAUGAUAACGGAAAGAAAGCGAAAGUUUUACCAAAGGUUGAGCCGAUAGAGCUUGAAGAGAAAUUUAACUCUAUUGUUAAUUACGGCAAAGUGCAAAAGAUAUGUAAGGCUCUCAAAACAUUAGUUACAAAGGAAGUUGAUGAGAAAAAGAGUAUCUUUGAUGAUUAUCGUUACUUGCUGAACGUGACUAGUUACAAAAUUGCGGAUUGUCCAAAGCGUAUGGUUAAGUUGAAUCUGAAACACCCAUUGGUUAAUACUGACGAAGACGAUGUGAUUAUUAUUGUCGCAGAUCUAAAGCGGGGAGGCGAUCCUGAACUUACCAUUCAACAUUACGAAGAUAUUUUUCAUAAAAUGGAAAUUACGGGGCUUAAAAUUAUGCCUUUUAGACAAUUGCGGAAAGAAUAUACAACAUUCGAAAGUCUUCGGAAGCUGGCUAAUACAUACGAUUAUUUCUUGUGUGAUGGACGCAUCAUAGGCCACGUAAAUGGUUUUUGUGGCAAAAUAUUUCAAAAAUCGCGGACAACGUAUCAUUCUGUCCGCUUAAAUAAUCCGCAACUUUUCAAAAAAGAAAUUGAACGCUCACUGAAACGAACCGCUUAUCGACAACUGGAAAAGGGAAAUCUAUUUACUAUUCCUGUUGGAAACAAUCGAUUCUCGCCACGCGAGCUAACUGAAAAUAUUUUGCAUAUUGUUAAUCAAUUGAAGGCAAUAUUUCCAGGGGGAUUAAAUAACAUACGUAAUAUGCAUUUAAAAAUUGAUAUAAAAGGAACGUCAUCUUUGCCAUUGUACGUUAAUUUGGCUGAUCCUCCCGCAGAAUGCCCUUACGUCAUCGGUCCGCGCGAGCAGCGCGCAUUGAAGUUGAAGAAAAAAGCGAAUGAAGUUCUUUCCAAAUUUUCAUUAACGAAAACCGGCCAAUUCGUUAAAUUAAACAAACUACAAUUAAGACGAAAACAUAACUUAAAGGAAGCUCGAGAAAACCUUUCAUCAAAAAUUCAUACUGGAUCAGAUGUAGAUAAUAGUGAUGAUAUCCUGAAACAGGAUAUUGAAGAUGAAACCGUAUAAUGCCGAGUAUAAAAUUUGUAUUUUAAAAAAUGAAAAACUUGUCAAUUGCAGUAAUGGAAAAGUAAAUAUACAGUUGUUCAAAUAUGAACAGACAAUUUUUAACUUAAAUAUGAUAAUUUUGUCUAAUUAUUCGCUGGGUCCACUCUAAUUUAACAUAAAAAAA